AUGGGGCCCGCCAGCUGGCUGGGGCUCUCCUGCGGCCGCAGCCGCCCUCCCCUGGGCCCAUGGCAGCGGCGUCCUUGGCGCCCUUGCAGGCGGAGCGGCUGCGGCACCUGGGUGCGCUGGGCCACGGGCGGCGCCGGCGGGGAGCGCUCUGAGCAGCCGAGCCGGCCGGGCAGCGAGGAGCUGCUGACGGCGGCGGAGAAGCGGAUCGUGGCGCUGCACCGGGAGGCCUGCGCGGCUGGCCUGCAAAACUAUGUGGAUCCAGUUACUGGCUAUUUAGUGUUCACCAAAGUUGCCCACUUGCAGAGAGGUAAAUGCUGUGGUUCUGCAUGCAGACAUUGUCCAUAUGAUCAAGCUAACGUAAAAGACCCGUCCAAAAAGAAGCGGUUCAAUUCAUUUUUUUAUACUUGACGAUCAGUGCAUUUGCCAUCUACGAUGGAGACUGCAGAAACCUAAGCCAGGAUCAGUUCUUUGUGGCUUCGAGUGCAUGAAUAUUGGCAUUCCUUUUAUCGAUGCUGGGUUAUUUGAAUACAUUUCAAUUGUAAUAAAAACCAAGCUAAACCG